GUCGCCAGUCAAAAAUAAUCAUCUUUUAUUUUAUUUUCUUCGAAAAAAUAUGUAAAAAUAAUCGAAAAUGAUCUUCGUAACUUCGUUUGACCUUCGAACUUAUGAAGAACUACAAUGUUGAGCAAGAUACUUGAUGUACAAAGGUCCAAGUAACGUACAAGUUCCAUCGUAGCUCUGCCGAAUCUCUUUCAUUUCUCAUUUCUAAUCUGUCUCCUACGAAAGUUCACCGGAUUUUUCAUCAUCCUUUGAAUUUAGGAUGUUUCAUCACUUUUCGCGGAUAUAUUUCAUCAGCCUGAAGUAGUUCAUCGUCUCAGAUUCAUUUCGUAUUAUAGCUUGCUGAAGUUACAGUAUUGUCGAUUAAAGUGUUCGGUUCUUCAUCUAGUGAAGUGGUGUUCGAAGUUCGAAGACAAAUUCGUCUCGGUUCGUGUCAAUUUGAAGGAAACGCGAUGGAAAUCCUGUGUUUCGACGCGAGCGGUUCCACCGGUUUCACUUAUUCCGAUUUCGAAAAUCAAUAUUGGAAUACGAUAGAAGACCUCAGCAAAUCGAAUCAAUUCGACGCUCUGCUAUCUUGGAGUAACGAUUGUCGACGUGUAAGCAAUGUUCUGGAGAGUAGAGCUUCCGGGGGAACUAACCCAACUUCAUUUAUAGAUUACAUUUUACGCGAGUUCAAUAAAGAUUUCAUCGAAGAAAAGUUCGGUUCAGAUGCUGGACUGGUAUUACAAGUAACUACCGAUGGACAGAUUAAUGACUAUCAGAUCAAAGAUUGCGCAGAUUAUUUACGUAAACCCAACUUUCCUCGUUUGAAAAAGAUCACCAUUCAUUACAUAGGUCCCGAAUCCAGCAUGAAUUUCGGAUUAAACGCUAUUUUCGGAUCGGUAGCAGAUCUCAGCUUUACCAUAAACGAUAUCCAUGCAGCGAAACCGGUUCCAUCGGCCGAAGAGUUGGAAAAUUACGAAGAUAUUUUCUCCUCGGAAUUCUUGUCGUUUCUCUGCUCACGUGUGACUGAUUUGAAAUCAUCGAAUUUCGAAGCAUUCGAUCGUCUACGAAGGACUCUCAUCGCUAGACUCGAUAAGCAACAUUCCAACUUGAAUAAACCUAUAUCUCCUAAAGAAUACUUCGACCAGAAAGACGCUGCUGGGUUGGAGAACGCCAUUAAAGAGAAACUUUUCGCCACCGAUCAUACCGAGUUCCAGAACUGGAAGAAUAAGAUUCUGAGCUGUUUCGAUAAAGUUUCCAAUAUCUCGUUGGCUGAUUGUCGAGCUCGAGGUGAUCUAAACAGCACAGUUCUCACCGAACCCGAUGUCGUCGACGAUUACGAAAGCGAAGACGUGCUCGUCGAAGAUAGCAUUACCUUCGUGAACAUCAACGAAGGUAAAGUCUGCAUUUUGCUGAAAUUCGACCAACCAGCUUUAUUCGAACCGGAUUCCAAAUACGUUCGGAAUCCAUUACUCGUAUUCCAAGAUGAAGAUAUUCGCUCCAAGCUGAUAAAACGAUUCGAACUGCAUCCUUUAUCAAUCAGCACCGUCAAACAGCUGGUCAAAGGUAACACGAUCGUGUCUCCUUUUACUCGAGAUAUCUGUCGAGCGUUCAUAUUAGGUCCUGCUAAUACGAACGAGAUUAAUUUCAAUUCAGCUGCUUUGAUUUCGUUGUUCAAAAGCGAGAAACAAGAUAAAAUUUACGGCGACAAAGCGCUCUGGCAAUUGGUAAUACUGUAUUUGCUGAAAACCCACAUAGAUUCGACCGUGAAAAGAAACGAGAGCGUUACUUGGCCUCGUGACGAACUCCUUCCUUUAGUCAACGUCAUCCUCAGAGAGUUCAUUCUGAACGAGAAACUACUUUACCAUCUUACUCUGCAUAUAAAAAUCCAGCUUCCGGUAGCACGAGUCCCAUUAUACGUAACAUUAUGGUAUAUUAUCGCAGUAGCUCCGAACUUCUGUGCUAAUAAUUCUCGUAAUAUCCUUCGGUAUCCAGGAGCUUCUAUUUUGCUGAAUUUAUUCGAAGACGCUAACCUAACCGAUGUAAUUCCCCUCGACGAAGAAAGCCGAAUAAAAUUACACUUCAGGAUGAAACUAUGGAAGCUAUGGAGUGACAUUCUGGGACGUAAGAACGACAUCGACCUCGAAUUAACCUUCAGAGCAGCCUAUCAAAAUUACUGCAUCGUUCAAAAUAAAAUAGUCCUCCUAUCCGGUGCUCGACCAGAUGAAUUACCACCUCCUGAGAUCGUAUCCGGCAUACCAGCUGCGAUUGUGCAAAAUAUGUGGACUUCGUUGAGCCACCAAUCCAAACGUACGGAUGCGAUUAACGAAAACGUCGAUUCGUUGAAACCACCAAAAAUAAUUUUUGCACCUCAUCACGAUGAUGGUGAAUCAGAGGAAGUGUAUCAUAUGCGAAUUGACCCGAACACUUUACGUUGCACUGAGAUCUGCCCUGUGACCGGAAAACCCUCGAUGGAGUGUGCUGGUCCUUUCGAUUUCAGAUCCGAAUCUUACGCCAGGAUAUUCUCGCUGUUUUGCGAGCGAUACGAAAGGUAUCCGGAGAGUUCGGAUGAGCUGGUUAUUCUGCAUAAUCGUAAAAGAGCUAUCCAUAACGUUUCCAGCGCGUUUAUCGUUAAUUAUAUGAAACACGUGUUUGAAAUUUAUCAACCGAUUGCUAAAAGUAUGACUUGCGAGGAAUUCAACGCUAAAUAUAAGCAGUAUGGUGAUCUUGUAUCGAAAGAGAGGUAUAAAAAAUAAACGAAAUGUCGAGAAAAUUCGCUUCAUAUUGUGUUGAUUGAAAGACUGAUUGUUGUGAUAUUUUCUUCGUUUUUUUUUCGUUGUAUUUUUAUACUUCGUUUUGGUUUAUUUUCACUGGUUGUUUCUGAUUGUGCACAAAUGUUUCUCACGAUUAUUUUUUCAUGAUUUUUCAUUGGGUUAUAUUUUUAAUAUUAUUUUAAUGAGUUGCAAAGCUCACUUUUCAUUUUACAUAUUUCUAUAAACUUUAUGUUUUUCCUCCAUUUUUAUACGUAAAUUUUCGCCUGGUGCUGUCGUCAAUCAGAAAUAUAAUAUCUCUUCAUGAA